AUGUCAAAUUUAUCUGAAGAUAUAAGUAUAUCUAAACGACCAAGAAUAUUUCGUGGUAGAGGUGCUCAACAAAGAAGUGAUGUAAAAAAGAAAGCUAGAAGAAAUCAAAGUACAGGUGAUAUUAUUCAAAGUGCUAGAGAACCAACUAAAAUUGAAUCGAAAGAUGAAAAUGUAAAUCCCGGUAAAAAAGUUCGAAGAUGGUUACGUUUAUUAAAAAUGACUAGUAUUAGUGCUACAACUGCAAUAACAUUGGAUGGAUUAAGAACAGAGAAUAAUCAUUCUUAUAAUCAACAAACCAGUCAGAAUCAUCAUCAUCAGUAUCAUCAUCAUUAUCCUGAUAAUUAUAAUUCACCUCCACAAGAAAUGCAAUCUUUUCUUGGCAACUUAGGUAUUGGAGCUUAUGUUGGUGAUGAAGAGAAUGCAUUUGUAAAUUCGGACAACUCAGAAGAAAUAAAUGUUGACCAGUUAAAUAAAACAAAUAAACCUCUUUCUAAAUCAAUGAUAAAUUUAUCUUCAGUUAGUUUAUGGCCACCUAAACGUAAGACAAGUGAUCAAAUUAAUGAACCAGAAAUAUUGCUAAAUGAUGUCAGUGAACAUUGUAGCCGUUUAUCAUCAUCUCGUGUUAGUUGUCUAUCGAAUACUUCGUUGUCAUCACCUCAAUCAACAACAUCGUUUACGCGUUCGCAAAAGAAACCAUCUAUUUCAGAAAUCACAAACUCAUCAACAUUUGACAGUGGGAUGAAUCAAUUCAAUCAAACUGAAUUCUAUGAAUCAAUGCCUUUAAUACUUAAAACUGUGAUAAAUCAAACAUCAUUGUAUAAUAAUAUUCAUUCUAUGCAGCGUUAUAAUGUUAGUGAAGGAUUUGCCUCGAGUAAUUUAACACCGAAACUUUCAACAAGUACUAUUACUGCGACUAAUAGUCACCAUCAAAGUGGUGAGAAUAUUAAUGUCAAAAGAGCUAUUCAUUAUCCAGCUUGGAUGAUUAUUAGUGAUGAACAAUUACAACUGGAUACAACUUACUCAUUUUAUCGGAUAGCAGAUUAUUUAAAAGAGUUAUAUUUAGCUGAAUCUUGGUUAGAGAAUCUAUUAAUAUCUGAUAUUUUACCAAGUCGUAGUCAUUCACCAGUAAGACAACCAACUGAUUAUCGAUCACGUCGAGCACGUCUUGAAAAUAAUCCAAUAAUGUCGCAUAAAAUAUUAAAGCGAACAUGCAGUGAACAACGUUAUGAUGAAACACAAUUAAUUGGUGGUUUAUGGGAUAGACGAGAGAUGGAUCUUAUUCAAAAAUUAAUUCGUCGAGCAAUCUCUACAAUUGAAUUAAAAAUAUCAUCUAGACAAAUAGACGAAAAGGAAUCGUCAUAUUUAGCAACAACAACUACUACAACGACACUGAGUGCUAUAAUUUUUAGAAAUGCUUCAAAUGAAAGAAAAAUUCCCAUCUCUUUACGUUCAUUUAUUCCGGAUUGUGAGAAAAUCACAGGGAACAAUGAAAAUAUUAUUAAAUGGAAAAAGAUUUACGCUGAAGAAAUUGUAAAUAUUGUUAAACUUCCUCGUUAUCCUGUUGAACAACAUUUAAAUUUAGAAACUAUACAUCAAUCACAAAAAUCUACCAUUUUUCUUUGUUCUGAUCAUCUUGUCUUAACGCAAUGGCCAUUAGAUCCACAAUCAUUUGUAUGUAAUGGAGAUUUGGCGCAUAUUAUUCCAUUCUAUGAAUUAUGGUGUGAUACGAUGAAACUUGAUGAAUUAUUAUGCAUACGAUCAUCAUCAAUAUAUGUGUCAAAAUCAUUAAAGCACCAUAAUAAAUUCAAUCCUAGUAGAAAAAAUUCCGAAGUUGAUAAUGAUCAUUUAAGCAAAUAUAAUAUCUCUUCAUCAUCCGGCAUAUUAGAAGAAGAUGCUGAUCUAUUGAAUAGUCCUACUUUCAAUGAACAAUGUAAUCAGUUAAUUAAUGAUACAGAGAUAAUAAAAACAUCAAAGUCUUCUUAUUCAUCAAAUGAUAAUCAUACAUUUAAUAAUACUGAUAUGUUAUUAUUAAUUGGGCAUCCACCAAUGGAAAAUUGGGCAAUCCGUUUUUCAAAUAAUAAUCUUUGCGAAAAAUGGCGACAUAUGAUCAAUGAAUCUAUUCGAAAAAGUCAACAAAUAUUCUAUGGGAAAUCGAUCAAUGUGAAGGUGAUCAAUCAGAUAAUUCCAAAUCAUCAAGUAAUAUAUAAAUAUCAUAAUAUUUCUGUUGAUAUGACAAUAGAUCAUUUAAAAGAUAAAUCAUUGGAAGGACUUAAUAUUAAUAUAAAUAAUACAAAAGCUGAUUUAUAUCUACGCUAUACUGAAUCAAAUGGAGAAGAACGUGAAAUACUUAUGUAUGGUCCAGAAAAUCCAUUCUUAAUAGCACUCUCUAGUGUUCAACUGAAUACUACGGAUUCUUCACUGAGUAUUCCUAAAUCAGCAACAACUGUUUCUAAUACUACUAGCAAUACUACUAAUAUAAAUAAUACCACCGGGAAUAAUAGUCCAGACAGUAAUACUAAUCACUAUAAAGAUAUAUUGGAUCUAAUAAAGAAAGUCUCUUUAUCACCACAAUCGGAGAACAGAGCAACUGAUCAUAACCACAACAACGGUAAUGAUUACAUUAUUUCAAGAGAUCAAAUUAAAAUUAGUUUUGUACUUCGUCCUGUAGACAAAUAUUAUCCAACUGAAGAUAACCAACAUCAACAUCAUUAUCAAAAUUAUCAAAAAGUUUCAACAAAAUCUGAUAUGAAAUCUACAGAAUAUGUGAGACAAGAACGUGGACGUUCCACAUCGAAAUCAUCUUCAGCAUCAGCAUCAAGAAAUCGUCGAAAUGAUAUGACACAAAACAAUAAUAUGAUGACUAAAUCCAGUAUAUUCUUAAACCAUAAUAAUACAAAUGUUAGCAAACAAAAUACUAGUACUAAUGUACCAUUACGUGGUGCAAUUAGUACUAGUUCACUUCAAAUUGGUACAGCACAAGAAAUACAAUGUGGGCAAAUUUUUGGACGUCUACCUGAACAAUGUUGGCCUGAUUCUCAAUUACCGGAAUCUUUAGUGAAUCUAUUUGCUAUUGUAUAUUAUAAUGGGGUAAAUGUUGAAGGAAUAUUUCGACGUACAGCUGUUCAUAGUCAAAUUGAAUUGAUGAGAGCACGUGUAGAUGAAAAUAUUCAAAUGAUUACACCGAAUAAUUGUAGUCCAAUUUUAGCAUCGUGUGUUUUAAAGAGGUUUUUCUGUGAAAUACCUGGUCAUUUGUUAAUCGACUCUCAUUGGGAUGAGUGGGCCAGUUUAACUGAAAUUAGUUCAACAUCAGAACGUUUACAGGUUCUUGAAAGAUUGAUUCGUAAUCUUCCCAAGGUUAAUCAGACAUUAUUGGCCUUGCUAAUUUAUUUACUUGCACAUAUUCGUGAUAAUGAAGAAAUAAACCCAUUAUCUGAUUCUAUGAUAACGACACAAAUUAUAACUUACCUGUUGGAACCGGCAGUAACAAAUUUCUUAUUAAGCACUAGCAAUGUUAAGGUGGAAUUGAACCAACACUUUUCAAAUAUUUGGGGAAAUUUUCUAAAAGACUCUAAUAAUAAGACAAAAGUUCAAAACACCACUACCACAUCAACAGCAACAACAAAUACUGACUCAUCAGAUGAUGAUAAAAUUUAUAAACAAGAUUCUGAUUUCCAUUCUGAACGGAAAACAGCGAAACAACAUCCUUCACGAAGAGGAUAUUCUGUUUCAAGUAUACCACCACAGAUAAGUUCUCUGGAAGUGGACAAUUCAUUGAUGAAUGAAAAAUUAGGUAAUUCAUUAUUGAAAACAAGUGAACAACAUCAACAUACUGAACCGAUAGUAGUAAAUAAUUCUUCUUCUUUAAAUUUAUCAAUAAAUAAUAAAUCUAAUCAUCAGUUAAACAUGGAAAACCCAUCACAGUCAUCAUUAAUGAAACGAAGAGGUGCUGGACGUAUGCAUAAAAAAAAACAUAGUUUUUUUAAUCAAUUAGCACUACCUGAUCAAACAGGACCACCUAAUUCUACUGGUAAACUAAAUAAACAAACGAACUGUUUAUCAUCAACAGAUUUGAUUGCAACAGAAUUAAAAAAUAUUAUACGAUCAAGAACUACAUCAAGCAUAGUAUUACCAUUAUCAUUUUCUGUAACAGCUACAACAACAACUUUAACAAAUCCAUCAUUAACUUCAACAGUAUCAGUAGAGAAACAAGAGUCUAUGAAAAAGACAACUCCUUCAACAACAACAACAACAUCAUCAUCAUCAUUAUUAUCUAGGCGCUCAAGAAAUACAUCUUGUCCGCCGAGUACAAAUAAAGCAACAAUUUCUAAUGAUAAAUUUAGUAUUCCUUGCCCAUUGCCAAGAAAUCAAAUUAAUCUGGAAGCACCACCUGUCCCAUUAAGAGGUCAACAAUUAACACAUCAAGAUGUUCGAUUAAAACUUGCCAAUAAUAAUAAUAAUAUGAAUCUGCCAAAGAAUAAUUCUAAUCACUCAAAACCAACCAGUCAUAAUAAUAAUAAUAAUAAUAAUAGUAAUAAUCGAUUACAUGACGAAACAAGAAUGCCGACUCCCACUCCCAGUACUCUUACUACUACAUCGCCUAUAUCACGACAACAAAAACCAUUUCAUCGUAGAUUUCGGUCACAGACAUCGACCAUUGAAAUACCAGAUGUUAGUUUACUGCAUGCUGAUACAUAUAGAAUGCGACAAAACAAACUGAGUACUACUGCUACUACUACCACUACUACUAAUAAUAAUAAUAAUAUUAAUAGUAAUAAUAUUACUUAUAAAAGACAACUUUCCAUGGACUGUCCAUUUAGUUAUACUCAAUCAUUUUAUGAACCAUUCGAAAAUGAUCUAUCAGUAAGUAGUCAUGCUACUACUACUAAUAGUGGUAGUAGUAAAACAAAUGAGUCUACUGCACCAAUUAAAAUUAUUUCAGUAUCGUCUAGUAGCAAAGAGAGUGUUCCAUUGAAACCUCACAAAAAAUCAUCUAACCAUAGUACUAAUGAUUACGCUAUCAAUAAUGGUAAUAAUCAUACGACAAAAUCCAGUAAAUCAAUCCAUUCGUCUACUGAUCACCGAUCACGUAAUAAUAAUAAUAAUAAUAAUAAUAAUAAUAAUAAUAAUAACAGUGUCAAUAACAAUAUAAAUACUAAUAAUAGCAGUAUGCCACGAUCAGAAAGUGAUAUGAGUAUGAUUUCAACAGAUUCUUCAUUAUUAUCCUUUUCAUCCAAUUCAUCAUCAUCUUCAUUACGUAAACAUAAUAAUAAAAUAAAGGACGAUACAAUCGAUAUUACCACAGGAAUUCCAUGUCCAGUUGUACAUCGUCCAGAAUUUAAUACAACCGGUUAUAUUACUAAUACAAAACGUAAAUUUAGCCAGAAUACAAUACAAAAAUCCAAUUCACCUCAAUCAAUUAAUGAUUAUAAACAAUUUAAUAAAUCCACAUAUAAACAUCCAUUAUCAUCUCAACCAUUUAUUACACCAUUACAUUCAACAACAACAUCUUCAUCAUCAUCAUUUUCAUCAUCACCAUCACCGACAUCAUUUAGUAGUUCAGAUAUUGGUUAUGUUACAUCACAUCAUGAAAAUUUAGAAAAUAUUAUUCAUGAAAAUAAUUCUAAAAUAUUAAUUAAUUGUGUAAAUGAUGAAAAUCGUAGUAGUGGUACCGCAGUUAGUCGAAUGAGUUCACAUGCUUCAACUAUAUCAAGUGGUUCUGUGACAGUGAUUUCAACAUCAACAGAAAAAUAA